AUGGCACUGCGAAGAUGGCGAUGCCUAGAUAACCGCAUGAAUAAGGAUCCACUUCUGGCGGGAGAAUUGAACGCGAAAAUCCAGGAUCAUAUCAACAAAGGCUACAUUCGCAAGUUGUCCGCGGAAGAGCUGAUAGUAAACCGCCCACGAGUUUGGUACCUUCCGAUAUUUCCAAUCGUCAAUCCGAACAAGCCGGGCAAAACGAGACUCGUAUGGGAUGCAGCUGCCACCGCCUUUGGAGUUUCACUCAACUCAGUUCUGUUAAAAGGCCCAGAGCAACUGACAUCUCUUCUAUCUGUUCUGAUCCAGUUCCGGGAGUUUCGGACAGCGGUAUGCGGCGACAUCCGUGAGAUGUACCACCAAGUAAGGAUGCGGGAGGACGACCAGCAUUGCCAACGCUUCUUCUGGAAGGCCUGCGAGACAGAUAUCGACCCUAGCGUCUACGUAGUGCAGGUAAUGACGUUCGGCGCAUGCUGCUCGCCGAGUACGGCACAAUACGUAAAAAAUUACAAUGCAAAGAGAUUCGAACAAGAACACCCAGAAGCAGUUCACGCAAUCGUAAAGCAACACUACGUUGACGAUAUGCUUCUGAGUGUGGAAUCUGAGGAGGAAGCAAUACAAGUGGUUCGAGAAGUACAGACAGUGCACAGAUCAGCAGGCUUCGAAAUGCGGAACUGGAUCUCCAACUCACCCAGAGUUGUGGCAGCUAUGAGCGAAACAGGCUCCGAUGAGAAAAGCCUCAGUAUCGGCGACAAACACGUGUCAGAACGGGUUCUCGGAAUGUGGUGGAACACCUCAACAGACUGCUUCACAUAUAAAAUGUCACCGCGGUACGAGCAGCUACUGAUCAGUGGGCAGCGACGACCGACAAAACGCGAAGUGCUUCGGACGUUAAUGAUGAUAUUCGAUCCCUUAGGACUCAUAGCACACUUCCUAAUGCAACUAAAAUCCUUGCUGCAAGAAAUCUGGAGAACUUCAGUCGGCUGGGAUGACCCCAUCAAUGAGUCGUUGUUUCAAAAGUGGUUGUCAUGGCUGACAGUGUUGCCGCAGGUAUCGUCUAUCGAAAUACCUCGAUGCUACCGAACACUCACAUCCGCGACGGACGGAACGGUGGUACAACUGCACACGUUCGUCGACGCAAGCGAGAACGGUUUCGCAGCUGCAGUGUAUUUGCGUUUUCAGGAAGGAGAAACCAUCGAAUGCAGACUGGCCGGAGCAAAGACGAGAGUCGCGCCGCUAAAGUUUCUCUCCAUUCCGAAGUCCGAACUGCAAGCCGCCGUGAUAGCCAUGAGAUUAGCGGGAACCAUUGCCAAAUCGCUAUCCGUCAAAAUCAAUCUACGUUUCUUCUGGACUGACUCCAGAGAUGUCCUCUGCUGGCUCAACUCGGAUCACCGUCGGUAUAGCCAAUUCGUGGCCUUCCGUGUUAGCGAGAUCCUGGAAACGACGAACGUCAACGAAUGGCAGUGGGUGCCAACGAAGCUGAACGUGGCAGACGAGGGAACCAAAUGGACACGAGCUCCAGAUAUGACAGCCUCUAGUCGAUGGUUUUGCGGUCCCAAUUUUCUCUGGCAACCGAAGAAAGCAUGGCCUGUUUCCCCGCACUCAUUUGGAUCGACUAAAGAGGAGUUGCGGCCUCAUCUUCUGCUUCAUACCAUGCCGUUGGACCCAGUGGUUCAGCCACAUGAUUUCUCGGAAUGGUCUUCUCUACUGCGCCGAAUGGCUUAUGUGACCCGUUUCGUGGACAACCUGAAGCAAGCUAAGAUGAAAAAACCAAGGCAGAGUGGCCCUCUGACUCGUUACGAGCUAAGAAAAGCGGAAAAUUACCUGUUUCGUCUUGCACAGCGCAGUGCGUAUCCCGAUGAGAUAGCAGUCCUGAAUGAACCCUUAUCAACCACCCAGCAACGCAAGCUUAUAAAAAACAACAGUUCGCUAAGCAAGAUGUGCGCCUUUCUUGACAAGAACGGCGUUCUAAGGGCCCGCGGCCGAACCCAAGAAUGUAAAUUCACAGAUUACGACGCCGCUAAUCCGGUUAUUCUUCCACGGAAUCACCACAUCACUAGGCUUAUCGUGUCCAACGCACACAAGCAGUUUAACCACCAGAACCAUGAGACGAUCAUCAACGAGCUUCGCCAGCGAUUCCGCAGUCCACGUCUGAAGGCAACGUACCAUGCGAUCCGGAAGGAGUGCCAACAGUGUAAAAAUAACCAGGCUGCCCCGCAACCACCUGCGAUGGCCGAUCUACCACUCGCUCGCCUGGCUGCCUUUGCUCGACCAUUUACGUACAUGGGGAUAGACUAUUUUGGCCCAAUGACGGUAUCCGUCGGACGACGCACGGAGAAACGUUGGGGGGUACUGGCAACAUGUCUUACCAUUCGCGCCGUACACUUAGAACUCGCUCACACACUGACGACAGAUUCCUGUAUCAUGGCUAUACGCAACAUCUUCGCUAGAAGGGGAGUUCCGGCAGUGAUCUACAGCGACCGUGGCACAAACUUCCAGGGCGCCAGUAAGGAGCUACAGCUAGCGCUACAGGAACUCGACGACGACCGGCUGAUGCGGGAGUUCACCACGGCUCGAACGGAAUGGACUUUUAAUCCGCCAGCCUCUCCUCACAUGGGAGGAGCAUGGGAACGUCUGGUUCAGUCCGUGAAACGGAACCUAACUGUGCUGCAAUCGAAUGCUACGCCAACUCACGAGGUGCUCCAGAACGCGUUGGUGGAAGUUGAGAACGUUCUCAACUCGCGGCCACUCACUAGCGUCCCGCUGGAAAACGACGAAUCUCCAGUGCUGACGCCCAAUCACUUUCUGCUGGGUACGCAAAACGGCUUACGACCGUGGGUGCCAUUCGACGACAGCUCUGCAGCUCUACGAAACAGCUGGCAACGUUCGCAGGCCAUGGCCAACCGAUUCUGGCAGUUGUGGGUUAGAGACUAUCUUCCAACGCUUACUCGGAAACCGAAGUGGCUCACAACAGCAAAACCCAUUGCAGUCGGCGACGUUGUCAUCAUCGUGGACCCAAAUCUACGGCGAAACUGCUGGCCGAAGGGUCGAGUUAUCUGCGUCAAACCUGGUGCAGAUGGACAAGUGAGAUGGGCGACGGUGCAGACGGCCAACGGAAUCUACGAGAGGCCUGCCGUUAAACUCGCUGUCCUGGACGUAGGCGUUGAGAUGAAUGCUUCAGGGAGACCCUUACUGCAUUCCGGGGGGAGUGUUAACAGCGCUACACAGUUAAGCGAGCCCCUCGGCGCCCAUGCAACAAAUCAACAACACUAA